UUGAAUCAUCUUCAAUUGUUGCGGCAGGGGUGGUGCUUAAUAGAGGAGUCCCUGAGGAAUACUCAACACGUCUGUCUACCUCUACCUCCCCCCCACCACCGCUGCUGCCCCCGAAAACCAGAAAGCUGCUGCCAGCUGCUUUCAACCAAUCAGAGCCGAGUAUAGGAACAGUGACGGACACGAGUCGUCCUGCGGGACUGCAGACCAGUAUCGGACGAUCUAUCUCUAGCGUGGGACAGGGUCGGACGAAUCCUGUCGUCCGAAAACCAGUUCGAAGAUCUAAAUCCCAGUUACCGGGUUCCAAAUAUGUUGCUAGUAUCCAACACGGAGGGCUCGUCACUCUCGUAUCUUUGAGUGAUGAGAAGCAUUAUAUGCUUGAUGCUGAUUUAACUCCAGGGUUUGUUUCGAGACAAUUCAACCAUAAUCCGAAUAAUUCAGCUUUUCAGGGAAGUAACACAUUACCGCGAGCCGGUCAAUUAAAAAAGAAAACUGUUGGAACAACGUUGGAUGAUUCUGAAAUUGUCAUCACAAAGAAACUAACCGGUGCUGGGAGCAGUGUUAGGAUCAGGAUCGGUGGUUCGGAUAGAUCUCCGACCCAUAAUCUCCAGGAGAACCAGGAGACUGCCUGGAACCAAGACACUGCCUGGCAAGAGAACCUGAUAAACAAAUUUUCAACUGUGAAAGAACCGAAUUCGUCCGAGUUCCCAAGCAGAAAACAAGGAUCUGAUUUGGAUAAGAAGAGGAGACGGUAUACUCUUGAUCAGAUUGAAAGAGAGGAGUUUAAAGAGACAGAGACGGAGAUAUCUGAACCUGAGGAGGGAGUUGAUGAUGUGAAUUCUGAUUUUGAUCUUAACUCUCUGAUCGAGGGGGUAGUUGAUGACGACUCAGAGACUGACAGAGUCGAUGAAGAUCUUGGUGUCGACGAGGGGCUGGGUGUCGACAAGGAACUUGAAAGUAUUCAGCGUGCGAGUAGAGGAAAGGUUGUUCGCUACCUGGAACCUUUAAAGGAUCCGGAAGAGAGUGUUGAUGGUCCGGAUGAGUUUAGUGAAGAAGAAUUGGAAUCUCUAGCAGUUAAUCUAGGUAGCCUCGCGAACCAUCCCCACCAGCAUCCGUCUUCCGAUACAGAGGAGGACUUCUUAGUUAAGGUUGAUCGAGAUCCAACUCCCGGCUCCCAAUUUCAACGAUCUGGUUCCAAGCCUGGAAAUAAGGACUCUAAACAGGGUGUUGAGCGAAUAAAAUCAUUUAAAAAUAAAUCCCACGUUACGCCCACUAUCCUUGCCCCGCCCACCCAGCUGAACAGGCAGGUUACGCCUCUACUAGAGCUACCAUCUACUGAUACGCCCCGGGCCACGCCGCAGUACGCAGAAACAUCAGAUUUCGACAGUAUUAGUACGACAAGUGCCUCAUAUUGUGUACAGCAGUCAGAUUUAGAAUCUCUAUGCAUUGAUGAUACAGAGGGUGAAAUGCUUAUUACCGCUCAUCCAGCGAAACAAUUGAAUCUCAAAUCUGGACUUAAAGAAACCCCGAUGGAGCUGAAAGAGAUACAAGGAAGCAGAGCUAUCCAUCCCAACGACAAUUCGGCCGGAGUGACGGUACCGACGACUGACCAAACUGAAGGUCAAGAUCGAACCGUGCGUCGCGCCUCAGUCCCGGGUUCUCCGCUCUCGCGCGUCACAACAAGCUCAGUUGAAACACACCCGUGUGAGGAUGGAAGAGGCAGGGGUCACGUAAAUCCCGUGAUAGGAACAAGUGAAAACAAAAGUGAAUCUAAACGAAAAGGAUCUGUGUCACAACUUAUCGCCAGAUUUGAGGGGUCUCGAAGUUGCACCCCUGAACGACGAAGUUGUACCCCUGACCGUGGAAUAAACGCCCCUGAACGAAGGGUGUAUACCCCUGAAAGUAAAGUGUUCACCCCUGAAAGAAAUGUGACACCAGGCCGAGGGGCCGAGAGCAAACUAAACUCUAGUACUCCAAAUACUCCUGGAGAAACAGUAGUACCUGAUACUCCUACCGGAGAAACUGAACCUGAACCUGAACCCAACUCCGUGUCAAAUCCUCUCUCUGAAUCAAGUGAAACCCAAGCUAAAGAUAUCAGUUCGGGCGCUAUUCCUAAGAAGAAAAAAAGUAAACCUCCUAAGAGUGAAAAAGAGCCUGAAAGAGCCGAACUCAAGGGUCUUAAAGAGUUCACACUAAAAUACCUCUCAGAAAAUGCGCUUAAAGCGAGUGAAGCGAGUGCUUUGAGUGAAGUUACCGAGGAAGAUUGUGAUUUUGACGAGGCGGGUGAAAUGGCGCCUACUAUCCGCCGUAACUCCGGCGGCGGAUACACUAGCUACGUCUUCAUCUCGAAUGAACCGUCGCAUGACGAGGUGGGGAGCGUGGUGAGCUCCUCCGGGUCCUACACCGAUCCUGACUCCAGGGUUACCGUCAGCUUCAAGGAACCUGGCGGAAUAGCCUCUCCGAACACGUGUGUUGUCUCAAUUCAAGAUGGCCGAACUUCAAACAUUUCUAUUGUGUCAACCGAAUCCUCAGAAUUGAACUCUCCCAUACCAAGUCCCAUUCUGGAUGGACCCCCUUCUCUCCCGGCUAAAUUAAAGGAUCACAAUGAGCUUCAGCAGGUUGUUCUAGCCACUAGAGAGUCAAUGAGAGAUUUUAGUCAUCGUUCAAGAGGAGGCGAAGAACCGGUUUUCUUCGACGAAGUUGACCGGGUGGAUCCUGGUGGAGCCGGUCAGGGAGGUUUAGCAAACUAUUUUACAUCAACCCUGGAAUCUAGCUUCAUAUCACGCCGGGGCAGACCCCCGGUUAUACGGGCAGCAGAGAAGGUUCGACGUCAGCAGGGACAUUUCGAGUACGAGGACGAAUCUCGAGGGAUGAUGAUCGACUACUCGGAUCACCAGGACUACCAGGAGAACCAGGACGAGUACCCGGACAGCAGGGAGGGGUCCUCUACCCCUGUCUUAAAUAUGGACCGGGAGUAUACAAGGGAGAAGUUCCGAAUAACGGAUCUGGGAGAGGAUGAAUAUCUGGAACAGGAUUCGGAUAAUUACGAGGAUUACGAGAUCAAUUACAAUUCAGGAGACUCUGGUGAGGAAUAUUUGGAUAUGGAUGCAUAUAUGGGUCCUCAAGAAUAUUCUAUGUGCCAACCUGUUUAUGACUCGGAGGAAUACAGUCAUUCAGAGGGUGAAGCCAUUUCUGGUGACGAAUUUGACAGGGAGGAGGAGCUACGAGGUUAUAACAGGGCAAUUGAUUUUACAUUACAUACGAUACAAGAAGAAAGCUGCGAGGAAUCUGAAUCAGAGAAUAGAUCUUUAAGGGACCGGAAAAGACAUUCAGAUCCUUCGGAGUUGGAAAAAUAUUUUUUCUAUGGAGUUGGGGGUGGAGCAUCUGUAGAUCCUAGUAUACAGGAUGAGAGUGAGUAUACUAGUGAUGAUCCGAGCGAACAGCAGUUUGAAGAUGAACCUGAACAGCAAGCUGAUAAAGAACAGGAGAACCGGAAACAGCUGUCUAAAGAUGAACAGCUGGCUGCUCGUCUUGAGAAGAAGAUAACAAGCAGAUUAGAGGAUUAUUUUAUGGCAGGAUUAGCGGCAGAUACACAGCAAUCCUUAGAUGGAAUAUCUGACCGGGGUAAUACUGAUGACAGUGGGUCAGUUGGAAGCGAGAGUGAUGGUCAACCUAGCCCAGAACACAGGCGAAAAAAGAUUUCUCGGACAAAAUUUCGCUCCGACAGAUCCGGAGAAAGUGAGCAGAGUAAUGUCGAAGAGGAACGCCAGGAGGGAAACAGCUCCGGUGAGGACGGAUCGUCGGCAUUCGUCUCCGGGGACGGCUCCUUCGAUACCAUCAAGCGGAAGAAGAAUAAAACGCGCAAAGGGUUGGACGAUCGGCGGCCGAGCGACGUUGAUGUACGACGUGAACCUGUGAACAGGGUUGAGAGCGCAGAUAAUGAAUCACUUGUUGGAGGAGGCAAGAAAUCUGAACCUAGUCCAAGAUUGAGCCCAUUUCAGGGUUCCCAGCCAGAUGAAAAUAUUGAGACUCCUCUAGGGGAAAUUGUCUCAGAUAAAACAGAUGCUGGUGAUCUAGAAUCUAAGGGACGGAGCUCAGGAUCGACUAAAAAUAGUCCUUCAACAUCUCCCCCCUUAGUAUCAGGACCAGUUCGUAAACACAAAAGCAGAGACUCUGGAUUUGUCGGCUCAAAUGACGAUCUUCUUCGUAAUGAAGGAAGUAGUGUUGUGCACACAUCGAGUGACGAUACCCAGGGUAAAAAUGGUUCGAGUAGCGAAGGCGAACUCGAGCUUCGAAAGACUCGACUCGAAAAGGUUUCCGAAGUUUCAGAGAACACCGAAGAUGAUUGUGAUAAAUCCACCGAACUGGCCAAAUCCACAAGGCCAAUUAGCGACAUUUCAUCGCGUAAAAAGUCGAAUGAAAGUGAUAUUAGUAAAGAAGGCGACGUGAGUUUGUCGCGAAAAGACAGUUUUCAUCAGUGGAGUUCAGACGAAGAGACCAAUAUCAUGAUGAACAGAAUGCGCGCAUUUUUCAAGAACAUGAUGGUGAACGCGAGCAAGGGAACCACCGAAGAGCGUAAACCUACGCAAAUUCUUCACUUUGAGAACCAGCUGACGCGGUUAAUGCGUACGGUUCCCGGGAUUAACGAGCAACAAGUGAAGGAGAUUGUUGAGUAUCUAAGUAGUGAGGAUACGUGGUCGGAUAGCUAUGAUAGCAGUGAUUAUACAGACGCUACGAGUAGUGAUCUAGAGUUGCAAGCUCUGGCAAAUGAGGACCAUGUUGUCGACUUGGAUGUCGUCAUCCAGGAACCAACAACCGAUAUCUCUAUUGGCGACGAAGAUUUCCUUAAGGAGACUGCGAUCAUGUACCAAAAGCUCAUGAAUUCCGUCGCUAAGAUGCAGCAGAGCAGCGAGGAUCGUCGGGCCGAGGAGAAAAGAUCGCCACCGAUCACUGCAAAAAUUCUUCAUCAUAUCAGUUCUCGUCUGAUCACCUUGAUGCAUGAGGUGUCCGGCUCAGAAAACUCGUCCGUCGUCAGUCGGUCAGACAGUCGGCAGGACCUUUACGAUGCUGUGACGAGUAGUCCGAAAAUACCGCGAGACGAACAGGACGAUAAGAACUACACAUUUGACUCGCUAGACUCGCCGAAGGUUCUGCUUGGCCCGAAACUGGGUGGACCUGGCCCAGCUAAUCCCUUUAGGUUUACUAAAAACACUUCCAAAAGCGUUGAAAUCCUUGACCUUGGACCCAGGCGCGCUUCUCUAGAUGACAGGGCGCUCAAGCACAGUAUGGGUAAAUCUACCUCCUCGGAUCAUGAUGUAUGGCAUGGAGUACAUCGAGAACAGCGUCGUGGUUCUUUGCCCCGGGGUAACCUGGAGAACCAACAGUCAGGAGUAUCUGACCCUGCUCUUGAUGAUGAAACCUUCAGCUGGAAAGGAAGUUUUGAAUCUGCGCUAGCAUCUGAUUCAAGAACUAGAUUAAGCAUAGAAGCGAAAAGACGGAGUGUUGAGGAUGAAUAUGGAGCUGAGAUGUUCAGUAGUGCAGAACAGAUGGAUAGAAACCCUUCUAGAUCUUUAUCUAUCCUUCAUCCAUCCUCCAGAUCUCCUUCUCAUCCAGCCUCCAGGUCACCCUGUCAUCCUCCAUCCCGGUCUCCCUCACAGUCAUCCAGACGCUCGGGCAAAUCGUCAAUACAAAAUACAAGAGGGUCUCUAGUAUCUCGGUUAGAUAAGGAACGAGAACACACUCCCACCACGGAACUCAGACAAACACAGGAUUCGGAUUCGGAUUCAGCUAGUGGAAGUAUCUCCUCUAGUAUACGAAGCAGCAGUAUAUCCCAACGGCGGAGCAGUAUACCAGAGCAGCAGCUACUCGCUAGGCUGGCGGAGGAUUCUCCGCCGGUCAGUCCGGUUCCCCGCCCAGUGCUUCCGGUCAAAACUGGCGGAGUCCGCCAUAGUACAAACUCACUUCCAAGAUUGGGAACCAGCUCAAUUCAGAAGAAUAAAUCUACCAACAGUUUAGCAAGCUCAAACCCUAGUCAACCUACUAAUAUUCAAACAUCUAUCCAAGGCGGAGUACGAUCAGCCCGGUAUAGGCCUCAUGGAUACAAACCGCCUCCGCCACGUAAAGUAUCGACGGGAAGUAUCGGCGGUUCUUCUAGGAAAUCAUCCAUUGAUUCCCUUGGACGCCUUACAGGUUGGAUUAUUAUUGUUAUUGUUAUUGUUAUUGUUAUUGUUAUUGUUAUUGUUAUU